UACUUUCACUAGAAACCCUAAUUUCUCAAAACUUUUCAUCCUUCUUCCAUGGCAAUCAGCUUCCAAUUUCAGUCCCCUCUAAAACCCAUCAAUUUCCCAGUAUCCACACCCAGAAAGGUCCCCCUUUUGAUAUGCAAAGCCUCGUUUUCAACCACCACCACUACAGAGCUCGAGCCAGUCUUCACCUCCGUCAAGUCCUUCGCUCCAGCCACAGUUGCCAAUCUCGGCCCGGGUUUUGACUUCCUCGGCGCCGCCGUUGAUGGCCUCGGAGAUUACGUCUCCCUCAGCGUCGACUCCUCUCUCACCCCCGGUCACGUUUCGAUCUCCGAAAUCUCUGGGUCAUCUAAACUCAGCACUAACCCUCUUUUCAACUGUGCCGGCAUCGCUGCCAUUGCCACUAUGAAAAUGCUCAACAUUCGAUCUUUCGGCCUUUCGCUUAAGCUUGAGAAGGGCUUGCCUUUAGGCAGUGGCCUCGGUUCCAGUGCCGCCUCCGCCGCCGCCGCUGCAGUGGCUGUCAACGAACUGUUUGGUGCUAAACUCGGAGUCGAUCAACUGGUUCUGGCCGGAUUAGAAUCGGAAGCCAAAGUUUCCGGUUAUCACGCUGAUAAUAUUGCUCCAGCAGUCAUGGGAGGUUUCGUUCUAAUAAAAAGUUAUGAUCCUCUGGAGCUAAAGCCCUUGAUUUUCCCCCAAAAUAAGGAACUGUUUUUCAUCUUGGUCAGCCCGGAAUUCGAGGCUCCCACGAAGAAGAUGCGGGCGGCUUUGCCUGCGGAAGUCGGGAUGCCGCACCAUGUCUGGAAUUGCAGCCAAGCUUGUGCCCUGGUAGCUUCGGUGUUGGAGGGUGAUGUGGUGGGGUUGGGGAAAGCGUUGUCGUCGGACAAGAUCGUGGAGCCAAAACGAGCGCCGUUGAUUCCGGGAAUGGAGGGUGUGAAGAAGGCAGCUAUCAAGGCUGGAGCUUUCGGCUGUACUAUAAGCGGAGCUGGGCCGACGGCGGUGGCUGUGAUUGACAAUGAAGAGAGGGGGAUGGAGAUUGGGCAAAAAAUGGUGGAAGCUUUUCUGGAAGAAGGGAAUUUGAGAUCGGUGGCAAUGGUUAAGAGGCUCGAUCGAGUUGGUGCUAGACUCAUUGAGAGUGUUCCCAGAUGAUGAUCAAAAGCAUACAUUUGCUUUUGAUUUCACAAAUUUCAGCCAAGUUUUUGCUAUGUAUGAAAGCUUCAUUUUCAUGGCUAUGAAAUAAAACCUAGUCUUUGUGAUCUUUA